GUUUCACUUUUGUUUGUAGUUAACUUCCUCACCCAGACCUCGGAACCAGCAGCUACGGAGGGAACUAGCCGCGAAUAUGUGACUGUCUGCUGUGUGGAGAAGGGACUGGAAAAGACUCCAUGUUGAAUCUCUGAAGAUACAGAAUGUGAGAGAAGACUCCAUGACCUGUUGAAACCAGUGGCAACCAGUGUAUUGCACAGAGACUCAGGAGACGUAAAGUUCCAUCACUGUGGGAAAAUUCUGAUUACUUCAUCUCUGGGUCUAGAUUCAGUAUUGGAGCUUUACAGGAAAAGCCAUGGCCUCAAAGAAGAUGAGGGAGGAAGCCACCUGCUCCAUCUGCCUGCACCUGAUGACUAACGCAGUGAGCAUCAGCUGUGGACACAGCUACUGCCACGUGUGCAUAGUGAGCUUCCUUGAGAACCUCAACCAGAUGAAACCAGGGCUGAAGACAUUCUCCUGUCCCCAGUGUCGAGCACCAUUUACCAUGGCGAGCCUCCGACCCAACAAGCAGCUGGGAAAUCUCAUCGAAGUCAUCAAGGAGAUGGACCAGGAAAUGUCAUGUAAGGAACAUGGAGAGAAGCUCCACCUGUUCUGUGAAGACGAGGGCCAGCUCAUCUGCUGGCUUUGUGAUCGUGGAGCACAGCACAAAGGGCAUGCCACAGCUCUGGUGGAAGAAGCAUGCCAAGGCUACAAGGAAAAGCUCCAGCAAGCUGUGACAAAACUGAGGCAACUGGAAGAGGAAUGUAUGAACCUGAAGGUGUUCACGGCAGAGCAAAUAACCAAAUGGAAUGAGAAGAUAGAGGUUCAGAAACAAAAAAUCCAGUCGGACUUUAAGACUCUCCAGAGGUUCCUUCACGAGGAAGAGAAGUCUUAUCUAUGGAAACUGGAGAAAGAAAAAGAGCAAACUCUGAGGAGACUGAGGGACAAUGAGGCCAAUCUUGAACAGAAGAACCAUGAACUCCAGAGCCACAUCCUGGAACUAGAGAAUAAAUGUCAGGGCUCAGCCCAGAAAUUGCUUCAGGAUGUGCAAGAUACUUUGAGCAGGAGUUGGGCUGUGAAGCUAGAACAACCAGAGGCCGUCUCUUUGGACCUUCAUACUGUGUGCAAUGUUUCUGAGCUUUACUUUGAUGUAAAGAAAAUGUUAAGGAGACAUCAAGUCAGUGUGACUCUGGAUCCAGAAACAGCUCAUUAUGAACUAAUUCUGUCUGAGGAUCGGAGACAAGUGAUUCGUGGAUGCCUUCAGGAAAACCUUGAUAAUUCUUCUAGGAGAUUUAGUGCCUUGCCCUGUAUCCUGGGCUGUGAAGGCUUCACUUCAGGGAAACAUUACUUUGAAGUAGAUGUGGGAGAAGGAACUGGGUGGGAUUUAGGAGUCUGUAUGGAAAAUGUUCAGAGGGACACUGUCAUGCCGCAGACACCUCAGUCUGGAUUCUGGGCCAUCAGACGGUGCAAAGAAGGCUAUGUAGCACUUACCUCUCCCCUAACUUCCAUUCAUCUGACAGAGAAGCCCCUGGUUGUGGGGAUUUUUCUGGACUUUGAGGCUGGAGUUGUGUCCUUUUACAAUAUGACCACUGGCUCUCACAUCUUCACCUUCCCAAAGGCCUCCUUCUCUGACACUCUCCGGCCCUAUUUCCAGGUCUAUCUGUAUUCUCCUUUGUUCCUGCCUCCCCCAGAUGAAUAAGGGACAGACCAAAGUCUCCUCCUUGGUUUAACUAGUAUACAGAGUAUAAUCUAAAUCUCAUGAGGACAGAAAUGUGGUCUGCUGUUUCCUUGUACCUAGAACAGUGCUGGGCUUUUAAUGCAUAGUUAAUAAAUUUGCAUUGAAUAAAUGGC